CUGAAGCCAUGGCCUCUAAGAUGACCAAGUUCAAGGUGGCUGCGGCGCACGCUGCGCCGGCCUUCAUGGACAAGAAGGCCACGAUAAAGAAAGUCAUCCGGCUCAUCGAGCAAGCAGCCGAGGAAGAUAUCAAAUUGGUGGUCUUCCCUGAGACAUUUGUGCCUGGAUAUCCCUACUGGAUCGAAUGUUACCCACCGCUGAAGCAGGUUGGCGCAUUGGCCAAGUAUGCCGAGGAGAGUGUCGUCGUCGAGCCGAAUGGCGAGGACAUGAGCGCCCUUCAAGAUGCCUGUCGCCGGACCGGAGUCGCAAUCAACCUAGGCAUUUCAGAGCGUGUUGCGGGAGGCCAUACGCUCUUCAAUUCGCAGGUCAUCAUCGAGAACGACGGCACAAUUCUGGGUGUGCAUCGAAAGCUCCAGCCCACGUACGUCGAGCGCCUGGUCUGGGCCCAAGGCAACGGUAGCACCCUGCGCAACUGGCCACUCUCCUUGGGGUACAAUCUCGGUGGUCUGGCCUGCUGGGAGCACACCAUGAACGGAGCUCGCCAGGCCUUGCUCAUGCAGAACCAGCACAUUCACGCUGGUGCGUGGCCGGCUCUGUCGACCAUGGCCGGUUUCGAGGCCGUCGCGGAUGCCCAGAUCGAAGCGCUGAUGAAGACGCAUGCCCUGACCGCUCAGGUCUUCGUCAUCACCGCGUCCAAUUACGUCGACGAGACAUGCCUCAACUGGAUGAAGGAAAACUUGGGAGAGCAAGAUAUGGUCAAGGCCGGAGGUGGUUGGUCCUCGAUCCUGCACCCCUUCUGUGCUUAUAUUGCUGGACCGCAUACCGGUGCGGAAGAGAAGCUGGUGCAGGGCGAAAUCGACUUCUCCUCCAUGGGUGCCGUCAAGGUGUGGAUCGAUGCGGCCGGGCAUUAUCAAAGGCCCGAAAUCUUGCAGUUUGCUUUCGACAAGCGGCCACAUUGGGCCGACGAAAAGCUCGAUCGCUUCAAGCCGCGAGUGGAGGCGAAGAGCCCAAGGGAGGAGGCAGAGAGUGAGGUUCAGUAAGCGGCGCAGUUCCUCGAAGGCGGCUCACAUCGUGUAAAGUAGGAAUAAUGAUAUGUUCCGAAUGCUAGUGGUUGAGAGUUCCAAGGAACUCACGAGAAGGCCUCGAACGAUGCGUUCAUUUGUCAUCGCUUGUAAUUAUGCGUAGAGACGAGACGGGAGCAAGUCGUCGAACGCACGGUACAAUUUGUCGCAUCCUGUAUGCAC